AUGGGAAAUUUUCCUUCUCAACAAUCGAAUGUUCCACAUUUUUGGCCAAAAAUGGAAUUUUCAUUAUUUUUAAGUGGCAUUAUUUUUUCCAUUCCUUGUUAUUUAUUUGUGUUUUAUCAUCUGUUAAAUGAGAAAACGGCUCGGCAAAGUCUACAUAAUCAUGUAAUUCUCAUAUUAUUAUUUUAUAAUUUUCUCAUUGUCAUAUUUGAUUUGCCAAUGACGUUGAAUUUUAAUCGUCUUGGUUAUGUUUCACCAUUUAAUCAAACUGCUUGUCUCAUUUGGCAAUUUGUUGAUAAUGGUAUAUGGUAUGGUGCACUUUCAUUAAUGUUUUGGGCGUCAUUUGAACGACAUAUUCUUGUAUUUCAUACAAACUUAGUUUCAACUACACGUCGACGUUUAUUUUUUCAUUAUAUUUUAUUGAUAUUCUUUUCUCUUUAUACACCAAUGAUUUAUGUUUAUUUAGUUUUCAUUCAAUCAUGUGGACAAAUUUAUACUGAAACAGCAAUUCUUUGUGGUGGAAUAUGUUUAUAUAUAGACGCUCCUGUUUGGUUACAAUUUAUAACACUUUUAUGUCGAUUUCUACGACAAAAGCAACGUUUACAACAAAAUGUAACAUGGCGACAAUGUCGAAAAAUGAUCAUUCAAAUAACAUUAAUAUCAACAGUUUAUAUGAUUUUUGAUAUUCCCGCUGUCAUAGUUUUUAUUGUGCAAGUAUCUGGCUAUUCAACAUUUGGAAGUGACAUUUGGUCUCCAUAUUUAGCACGUAUGACAUUAGUUCCUUCAUUAAUCAUACCAUUUGCUACUCUAUUAGCAUUACCGAAAUUAAAAGGCAAACUUCGUAAUUUAUGUUCUUGGAAAUAUAAUCAACGAGCUGUUUUUCCAGGAAGUACAACUAAUUGA